AUGGUGCGGUACUUGGCCAACGUCGGCCGGAUCGCCCGCGCCACUGCACUCCCCAAGGUCGUCCUCAUUGGCACCAAGGAGACAAACGGCCUGGACCUUGGCUCGCGUAUCCUCGCGCAGCUCAAGCGCGAGCAUCGUCCGUUGGAUCCGCUGGCGCGCCGGCUCUUGGCGCACACGAUCGACGAGCUUCGCCCGACCGCUGACGCGCCUGUCUCGGCACACGUCUAUCUGCCGCUCGGCGACGACGAUGAUAUUGUGAGCUGCACCGUCGCCACGCUGCCGACGGCGAUCUCGCGCCACAACGCCUUUGCCCGCCCGCACGCCAUCGCGAGCGUCGUGAAAGCCCACCUGGCCGACGCCGGGCGGACGCUCGUGGGCGUGGACCUCCCAUCGCACACACAUUUGCAGCCGUGGAAGACAGCCGGCUUUGCCGUCGCGCGCGCAAUACCGACGUACAAGCACACGUCGACGACGCGCGUCGGCGUCAUCACGGACGGCGUCGCCACCUCGAUCCGCGCCGACGACGUCGACGUGGUCUUCAGCCACGACCUCUCGGCCAAUGAUGUGGCCUUUCUCAACGCGACCGCCGACGGCAUCCACCUCGCGCAGCGCCUCGUCGACGCGCCGCCCAACGAGCUCACGACCGAGACGUUUGUGGAAGAAGCCCGCGCGGUGGCCCACCGCCAUGGCGCCGAAUUCACGCUUAUCCAAGGCACCGAGCUGCGCGACCGCGGCUUUGGCGGGCUCUACAACGUCGGGAAGGCGUCUUUGCACCCGCCGGCACUCGCGGUGCUGAGCUACUACCCGACGGACGCCUCCCGCACCGAGCGCAGCAUCGCGCUGGUGGGCAAAGGCCUCGUGUACGACACGGGCGGCCUCGACCUCAAGGUCGGCGGGCACAUGGCGGGCAUGAAGGCCGACAUGGGCGGCGCGGCUGGGCUCCUCGGCGCCUUUGACGCUGCCGUGCUCUCGGGCAACGUUCGCACGCGGCCGCUGCACUGCGUCCUCUGCAUCGCCGAGAAUGCAAUUGGACCGAACGCGACGCGACCGGACGAAGUGCACACGUUCUACUCGGGCAAGACGGUCGAGGUCAACGACACGGACGCCGAAGGUCGCUUGGUGCUCGCCGACGGUGUCGCGUACGCAGUCCAGCACCUGAACCCAGCGCUGUUGCUGGACAUGGCCACGCUCACAGGCGCCCAAGGCGUUGCGACGGGGUCGCACAUGGGCGCGCUGUACACCAACACGGACGACCUCGAGGCGAUGGCAGUCGCGGCCGGCAAGGCGUCGGGUGACCUGGUCCACCCUGUGCCGUACGUACCCGAGUUUUUCCGCCCCGAGUACAAGAGCCAAGUCGCCGACAUGAAGAAUUAUAUGAGCAACCCGCGCAACGCCGGCGUCUCGUGCGGCGGCCAGUUCAUCGCGAACCACAUGGCCGACUUUGUCGACGGCGACGGCCAGUGGAUGCACAUUGACAUGGCGUCGCCAGUCGAGCACAGCGACAAGCGCGCGACCGGCUACGGCGUCGGCUUUGUCCAGUCGCUUCUCGAGCAGCUGCAUUGCAAGACGCUGUAG